AUGAAGCGGAAGAAUGAGGCCCCCCUGAUCUUGCCGCCUGACCACCCCGUCCGCCGGCUCUUCCAGAGGUUCCGCCAGCAGAAGGAAGCCAGGCUGGCCGCGGAGAGGGGCGGCCGGGACUUGGACGACCUGGACGUGGAGAAGGGCAGCGUCCUCACCGAGCACAGCCACCACGGCCUGGCGAAGGCCAGCGUCGUCACCGUCCGAGAGAGCCCCGCCACGCCCGUGGCCUUCCCGGCCGCCGCCGCCCCCAUGGGGCUGGACCACGCCCGGCUGCAGGCACCCGGGGCCGAGAGUCUGGGCCCCAAGGCCGGCGGGGCCGACUGCGCCAAGCGCAAGGGCUGGGCCCGCUUCAAGGAUGCCUGUGGGAAGGCCGAGGACUGGAGCAAGGUGUCCAAGGCGGAGUCCAUGGAGACGCUCCCGGAGAGGACGAAGGCCGCCGGCGAGGCCACACUCAAGAAGACGGACUCGUGCGACAGCGGCAUCACCAAGAGUGACCUGCGUCUGGACAACGCAGGUGAGGCCAGAAGCCCCCAGGACCGGAGCCCCAUCUUGGCGGAGGUCAAGCACUCCUUCUACCCCAUUCCUGAGCAGACGCUGCAGGCCACCGUCCUGGAGGUGAAGCAUGAACUCAAGGAGGACAUCAAGGCCUUGAACACCAAGAUGACGAACAUUGAGAAACAGCUCGCUGAGAUACUCAGGAUAUUAACUUCCAGAAGAUCCUCUCAGUCGCCUCAGGAGCUGUUUGAAAUAUCGAGGCCCCAGUCCCCAGAGUCAGAGAGAGACAUUUUUGGCGCGAGCUGAGAGGUCUGUUGAAAAAAAAAAAAAGGAAAAGUCCAAGAUGACAAAAACCUACCGUCCUGCCCUAGACACCGCCCCCCCCACCACACACCUACAUGACCAACAACUUUGAAAGUAGGCUUUUCCCAACAGAAAACGCAAGUGGGACCAGUCGCUUCGGCAGUCUCUCUCCAGGGAAAGAUCCGGGGAGAGGCGUGCGCCCCCACCCUGCAAGAUGGGAGCUGCAUCUGAACUCUCUCUGCACAGUUUUGGAAGAGGGGGGCAUGCCGUGUAAAGGCCUUCUAGAUCAUCCUAAGUGCUGUGACACAGAGCGCGUCCUGUGGCAGGGCCCUUUCCCGGAAUCCUUUUUCAGAAAUGGCAUUAGCCCAGCUCAGAGGAAAAACACACUCCAUCACACCACUCCAUCCAGCCACCUGCCUCUCCUGGAUUGGUAAGUGGAAGGUGAAAGUGUUAAGCCAGCUGUUAAACUUUGCACCCAAGCCUGGGUGGGGAGGAAAUGAAUGCCUUAGAAGCCCCAGGCAGGUGUAGGAAGGAGCCUCAGAAACCCUUGCUGCAUUCACCACCAGAUGGCACAGGCACCCUCUGGGAAAUUUCAGGAGCCCUAGCGGCCAUACGAGUUGAUGUGCGUGUGAUGCACAGACUGUACAGUGUUUUGCUCUAAAGAUGUUUAGCCUUAAGACCCUUGAAUGGAACUCCAACUGU